CAGGAUGCUUUUUGGUUCUCACCCUGAGAUAUAAACGGAACUUCCAUUCCCUAGUCAAAGCAAUCUGAGUAGAGCCCCAGAGAUUGUACCAACGCACCGGCAUCCCCUGUCACCUGAAUCAUCCUUUCCACACCUAAACGCCGCUUAUUACCAUGGCUAGUCUCGCUGAUAAGUACGGACCUGAAGUCCAGAAGGUUCCAGCUGAUACGCCAAUUGAGGACAUUCUGUACCUCCUCAAGCGCGACGGCGGAAUCUUUAUCAAGAGUCUUGUCUCAGACGCCGAUCUCGACGAGACGUACUCGGAAUGCCGCCAUCGUCUCGACGCCGAUGUCGCGUGGGAUGGCAACUUCUUUCCUAAGGAGACUCAGCGAGCCCCGGCCAUGCUCGCCUUGAGCCCAAGCUACGCCAAGACCCAGGUCAUGAACCCACUCUACCAGGCCGUUGUCGACCACUUCCUCACCACGCGGAGUUGGUUCUGGUGGGGAGACGAGAGGAAGGAAUCCGUCUCUAGGCCCUAUGUCCACUCCUGCACCGCAAUGAGGAUCGGGCCAGGCGGAAAGGCGCAGCCCCUGCACCGCGAUGAUUACAUCAGCCACAACAUCCACGAGCAGAUUGACCAGUGGGACGAUGAGCGAGAUGCCAACCGUGAGACUGCUGUUGGACUGUUUGUCGCCGGAUGCAAGGUCACAAAGGAGAAUGGCGGGACUCAAUUCAUACCUGGCAGCCAUCUCUGGGGAACGAAGCAAGGACCUCCUCGCGUUGAAGAUUGCAUCUUUGCCGACAUGGACAAGGGCGAUGCCUUCAUCAUGCUUGCAUCGGCCUUUCACGGCGGCGGCACAAACAGCACCAAAGACCAGCACCGUCUGGUGUACGCAACCUUUGCCAUCCGUGGUUUUCUGCGCCAAGAAGAGAACCAGUUCUUGGCCGUGCCGCGGGAGGCUGCCGUCAAGUACGACCACCCGACUCAGGCGUUCAUGGGCUAUUCGCUGAGCGACCCUGCGUGCGGCUAUGUAGACCAGGUAGAUCCGAUUUUCCUCUUGCGGCCGGAGCUCAAAGGCGGGCCAACCGACUUCUGAAGGAUGUGUGUAUUUCUAGACAUAUCGGGCACAUGAAAAAAAUAAUGCAAUCUGUGUAAGCUGAACAAAUGGUCGCCGUAGAAUGCCAAUGGUGGAUUGUUGCGCUUAUUCUAAUGAGUAAAAUAGCCAAAACCGGUGGCAGAGGUAAAACAGAG